CCCGGCGGCCCCCAGCGGGAUGCGGCCCCGCGCAGCACACGCGGAAACGCUUCUGUGUGUUCCAGCUGCGUGCCGAGGGGCUGUCGCCGUGCGCUGCUGCUCCCCCCGCCCGGCCCGGCGCCGCCGCCCGCCCUCAACAUCCCACGCGCUGCGAACGGCUGCCCCGCGGAGGGGAAUCCCGGGCCGGUGACGUCAGGGCUUCCCCCGGCGCUCAGUCAUGACGUCAGGCGCGCGCCGGCUGCUCGCGGCGGCGGCCAUGGGGAAGAGCCGGGCGCGGAAGGCGGCGAAGGCGGCCAACGUUUUCGCUAUCGCCCGCGGCGCUGCCGCCGGGAAGGCCCGCGGGAAGGGCCGCGCGCGGCCCGUCACCUCCGGGCUGAGAAAGAUAAACAUUGCAAACGCUGACAAAGUGAGCAAGAUAAAUAAAGCUUUUGCUGAAAUUCAGAAAGAAGUACGGCAACUAUCGAAAGGUACUGCAGCAGAACCUCCAAAGAACCAGCAGGUUACUACACCUUCAGAAGAGGAACCAGCAAAUGUGGAUGCUGCCACAAGUCUGUUAUCACAGCUGUAAUGCAUAACGGAUGAUGAAGAGAUUCCAAGAAUUGAAGGUCACAC